AUGAACUAUGACAAUUAUAACCAAAAUGGCAGUUAUAGAAACCAUGGAAUCCAAGGGAAUUGUGGUAGCUAUAACAACCAUAGUUAUAAUGGUCAAGGUCAUGACCAAGGAUAUGGGGACUAUAACCAAGGUCAUGGUAACCAUAAUCACGAUAGUGGCCAAAAUCAAUGUAGAGGUAAUUGGAACAAUCAAGGUAGGGGAAAUUUACAAUCGAAUGGUCAAAGAGAUGCCGCACUUGGAUUUGUUCCAAAUACCCAAGAGCAUAGUGAUAACUUGUAUGAUAAAUCAUUUUCCUCUAGGAGUUUCUUGGAAGGUGUCAUAGAGAAGCAAGCCAAAUUGUUGGACACCAAAAUGACCCUAAGCAAUGGGAAAUUCAAUGACAUGUUAACUUGCCAUAAGGGGUUAGAGAACCAAAUUUCUCAAUUGGCUAAUGAGUUUAAGGAAUUUACAAAUCUUUCUUCUUUGUCUUCACAAAGCUUAGAUCUUAAGAGCCCUAUGAAUGCUAUUGUAACUAGAAGUGGUCGGGUCCGUAAGAGUGAAAUCUCUAAGAAGAGUGAUGUUAAUGAUAGUCCUCGCAAUGGCCAAAUUGAGAAUGAGGGAGAUGAGAAUACUUUAGGGCACAAGCUAGACGAGCAAUUUGGGAAAUCUAUAGAGAUGCUUAGACAACUGCAUCUUACUCUUCCUUUUACCGAUAUGAUAGAACAAAUGCAAAAUUAUGCGAAGUUUUGUAAGGAAAUUUUGAGUGGAAAAAGAACUUGUGAUGUGGCGAAAACAGUUAACUUGACCGAGAAUUUUAGUGAAAUCAUAUUGAACAUCCCACCUAAGUUGAAGGAUAUCGGAAACUUUUCUAUCCCUUGUGAUAUUUAUAAAAUGCAAAUUGAUAAUUCCUUGUGUGAUUUAGGAGCUAGUGUUAGCAUCAUGCCAUACUCGGUAUAUCAAAGACUAGAGAAGGGAGAACUUUUACCUACCAACAUUACCUUGCAACUAGCCGAUAGAUCAAUUAGGAUCCCAAGGGGCAAGGUAGAGGAUGUUCCUUUAAGGGUAGGAAAGUUCAUCAUUCUGGUAGAUUUUGUGGUCCUUGACAUAGAUGAGAUAGGUGCUCCUAGCAAGGACAUGGCUUUGUAUGAGAGCUUGUUGGAUGGAAGCGUUGAUGGAAGUGAUGGGAAAAUUUUCAUGAAAAUCUAA